AUGAUGUCGGGCGAACGCAGCCGCCGGGAUGCGAUGAGGUGGGCACUCAUGCCUUCAUCUGAGACCAUAGAGGAUUUCGAUGAGAAUUACGGAAAACGAAAGUUCAACAUGGAACUACUGGCUCAAGCCUAUGCUUGUGAUGACCUCGAUGAAGAUGAGCUGGCGUGUGUUGCCAGGCAGGAAAUCAGGGUCCAGAACAUGGAGGCUAACAUGAGGAAGAUCGCCGCACACUUCCCUGGCUAUGCACCCUUUACCAACCUCGGGGAAGGAACAGCGCAGCAGGUGGGAGACUUGCUUGGUCUGGCCGACGGAGGCAAGCCCCAGCCUGUGCAAGAGAAGGAGAAAGAGAAGCCGGUUCUGGGACGUAACUCUCAGAUAUUGGAGGCGGAGAAGACAUUCGGAGGUAACUCUGAACCUGUCAAAGAGAAAUAUCUACUCGCAGGCAACUGUGAGCUGGAAAUGGAGGAGGUGCGGAAUCAAGGGGUCAACCGUGCGCCCAGUGAGAGGACGAAGCGAUGGAUUCAAGGCAUCGUAGCCCUGAGGAAACAAAGGUACCUCAGGAGGCAGCAUAAGGAGCAAAUGCGCAUUGCCGCUCUGGCUCGAGAGCUGAACAACUGA